AUGUCUGCUGAAUAUGAUGUAAGUGAGUCUACUCGAAGACUUUUAGAAGAAAAAGCCAAACGAAGAUUAUUUCUUCGAGAGCAGUUCUUGAAACUGAAAAGUGAUCCUUUCAGACAUGCUUCAAAUGAGGGUGGCACGGUUUUUGAUCCUGCAUUGCAGCGGUACCAAGCGAUGAAAAUUAACACCUUUGAAUUCUUCAGACCUACUUCGAAAAAUGCUCUUAUUGCGUUAGCCUUUUUGGUUAUACCCGUUUCCCUUUCUACUUACUGUAUGCAUACAUCCAGGUCAAAUGCUGAACACAAAUACAGAACCGGAGAAGUAGCAUAUAAAGACCGUAGAUUUAAAUUCAUCUAA